AUAUAUCGUCGUAUUGCGGGUAUCGCGAAUUUUGAAGUACCAUUAUGCACGGUUAAGGAAAAAGAUACUUCAUAGUUAUCGCCUAUAACAUAUACUUGAUCUAUAAUCGUAAUUUAAUAUUAAGAAUUGUUCAAAAGAUAGACAUGCGUUACGAUAGGAAUAACAACUUACCUCGAGAACGAUUACACACAUACUACAUCCAGCAGAGAAGAGAGGCAAUCUCAUUUGUGUAUAUGUGCUUAUUAUAUUGUAAAUAAACAGGCAGGAUAUAUCGGUCGAAUCAUCGAAAGGACAAUUAGUACAUUGUGACGUCUUAUAACGAUGCCGUUAAAUAGAUACUAUGUGUUACAAAGAAGACUGUGUUACUUUGGGUCACGUGAUAUUGCAUCGUAAGAAAAAAAAGUUAAUACACAUAAGCUAAUGAAAGUAGAUUUAAGAUAUUUACAUAUCGUCGAAAAAAAAGCAACGUAUAAGACGAACAAAAAUAAAAAACAUUACUAUUAAUAUCUCUUAACAAAGAGGGUUAAACGAUUGUCAAAAAAAAAAAAAAAGAAAAAAAAACAUUGAAGUACGCGUAUAUACAAUAUUGUGAUUAUCGAAAGAGUAUGAGGUUGGAGGAGAUGCCAUUGCGGCUCAGUUCGGAUGAGCGGGACUUUGAAAUGGACGAAGAAACGGACUAUCUUCUCCAACCUCCUGAGGAUAGUAUACGACUUUUGACCUCUAGAAGACGACGAUUUAAUAAUUGUUCGAAGUUCCUUAAAACUGGUUUGUGCGGAUGUUGUACAUGGAUGUGGAGAAGAUGUUGCAGAGAAAGAGAAUUAAGAGCAAGAGUUAUUCAUAUUGGUCAGCCCAUGUAUGAUAAAUUUCCUACAAAUGUCAUAAGAAAUCAGAAAUACAAUGUUGUUACUUUCUUACCUAUGGUCCUCUUUCAACAGUUUAAGUUCUUUCUUAAUCUAUACUUUUUGCUUAUGGCAAUAUCUCAAUUUAUACCAGAUAUAAGAAUAGGAUAUUUGUAUACAUAUUGGGGACCAUUAUGUUUCGUUUUGACCGUCACGAUCUGUCGAGAAGCUGUAGAUGAUUUCAGAAGAUACAAAAGAGAUAAGGAAGUCAAUGCUCAAAAAUAUCAAAGAUUGGUAAAAGGUUUGGAUAUACCAGAAUUAGUUCCAAGUUCUAAAUUACGAGUUGGUGAUUUGGUUAUAGUAGAAAAAGGUCAAAGAGUACCAGCAGAUUUAGUACUAUUACGUACAACAGAAAAGUCUGGUGCAUGCUUUGUAAGAACCGAUCAAUUAGAUGGAGAAACAGAUUGGAAAUUAAGAUUGGCAAUACCAGCAACUCAAAAAUUAGAAAAUCAUUCUCAAUUGUUUGAUAUAAAAGCAAGUUUAUAUGUUGAAAAACCUCAAAAAGAUAUUCAUAGUUUCAUCGGUACAUUUACCCGUUAUGAUGGAUAUAGCAGUGAAGAAAGUUUGGGAGUUGACAAUACUUUAUGGGCUAAUACCGCUGUAGCAUCUGGAUCAGCACUUGGAAUAGUCGUUUAUACUGGACAAGAAACAAGAUCUUUAAUGAAUCAUUCUGCACCAAGAUCCAAAGUUGGUUUGCUUGAUCAAGAGAUAAAUCAAUUGACUAAGGUCCUAUUUUGUGCAGUUAUUGGGCUUGCAUUGGUCAUGAUGUGUUUAAAGGGAUUCAAUGGCCCUUGGUAUCGUUAUAUGUUCCGUUUUGUUUUAUUGUUUUCUUAUAUUAUACCAAUCAGUUUACGAGUAAAUUUGGAUAUUGGAAAAGCAUUUUAUGCUUGGUGUAUACAACGAGAUAAAGACAUUGCUGGUACAGUUGUAAGAACAACUACAAUUCCAGAAGAACUUGGUCGUAUAUCCUAUCUACUGAGUGAUAAGACUGGAACAUUAACGCAAAAUAUAAUGGUUUUUAAAAAAUUACAUAUGGGGACAAUAUCGUAUUCUCAGGAAACAUUUGAUGAAGUAACAUCUGUAUUAAAAUCCUGCUAUACUACUAUGGAAAAUUCUCCAACAAAACCACCCGUGCAUAGCGGAAAAAUGAGAAGAUCUGAAAGUACGAGAAUUUAUGAUGCGGUACAUGCUUUAGCAUUAUGUCAUAAUGUUACACCAGUUUAUGAUGAAAUUAGUGCAACUACUAAUUUGGAUUCAGUGAGUGUAGAAACAGGAGAGACUGGAGAUUCUGGUUCUGUUCAGAGUCAAGCAGAAGCUGAUCAGCAUUAUUACUUGCCUGAACAAAAACGUAAUUACCAAGCUUCAAGCCCGGACGAGGUGGCAUUAGUAAAAUGGACAGAAGAAGUGGGAUUAGCUUUGGUCAAACGCGAUCUGAAUUCCAUGCAGUUGAAAGCUCCAAAUGGAAAAAUAUUAAAUUAUACUAUAUUACAGAUAUUUCCAUUCACUUCUGAAACAAAAAGAAUGGGUAUAAUAGUCAAAUCAGAAGCCACCUCAGAAAUUGUAUUUUAUUUGAAAGGUGCAGAUGUUGUUAUGUCUGGGAUAGUACAGUAUAAUGACUGGCUAGAAGAAGAAUGUGGUAAUAUGGCACGUGAAGGCUUAAGAACACUGGUUGUAGCAAAAAAAAAUUUGACAGAAGAACAAUACCUUGAUUUUGAAACAAAAUAUAACGCUGCAAGAAUGUACGUUAGUGAUCGUGUUUCAAGAGUUACAGCUGUCGUUGAAAGUCUUGAACGUGAAAUGGAAUUAUUGUGUGUAACUGGCGUAGAAGACAAACUCCAAAAUGGAGUAAGAACAACAUUGGAGUUAUUAAGAAAUGCAGGAAUUAAGGUCUGGAUGUUGACUGGCGACAAAUUAGAAACAGCAACGUGUAUAGCAAAAUCUUCUUUAUUGGUUUCACGUACGAAAGGACUUCAUGUUUUUAAAUCUGUUCUUACGCGAACUGAUGCGCAUUUAGAACUAAAUACUUUCCGUAAAAAACAAGAUUGUGCCUUAGUUAUCAGUGGUGAUUCAUUAGACGUAUGCUUACAAUAUUAUGAACAAGAAUUUUUGGAACUUGCAUGUGGGUCACCUGCUGUUGUUUGUUGUCGUUGUUCACCCACACAAAAAGCUGAUGUUGUCAGUCUAAUACAAAGACACACCGGUAAAAGAACAGCUGCUGUUGGUGACGGAGGUAAUGACGUAUCUAUGAUACAAGCUGCUGAUGCCGGUAUUGGUCUCGAAGGUCUUGAAGGACGUCAAGCCUCAUUAGCUGCAGAUUUUUCUAUCUCACAAUUUAAUCAUCUUUCUCAUUUACUAUUAGUUCACGGUAGAAGAAGUUAUAAACGAUCAGCUGCAUUGAGUCAAUUUGUAAUUCAUCGAGGUUUAAUUAUUUCAACAAUGCAAGCUGUAUUUUCAGCUGUAUUUUAUCUUUCUUCAGUUGCCUUAUAUCAAGGUUUUCUUAUGGUUGGAUAUGCUACAAUCUAUACAAUGUUUCCUGUUUUUUCUUUGGUAUUAGAUAAAGAUGUGUCAGGAAAAAUUGCACUUACUUAUCCAGAGCUUUAUAAAGAACUCAGUAAAGGUCGAUCACUUUCUUAUAAAACAUUCUUUAUGUGGGUAUUGAUAAGCAUAUAUCAAGGAGGAGUAAUAAUGUAUGGUGCACUUAUUAUGUUUGAAGAUGAAUUCAUUCACAUAGUAGCAAUCAGCUUUUCUGCAUUGGUCUUGACAGAAUUGAUUAUGGUUGCCUUAACAAUUAGAACAUGGCAUCAUAUUAUGAUCUUAGCAGAGAUCUUUUCUUUAGCACUCUAUUUAUUGUCUUUAGUCGUUCUAAAAGACUACUUUGAUGCUGAAUUUAUCAAGACAACUGAUUUUUUAUGGAAAGUGUUAGUCAUCACUUUAGUUUCUUGUAUGCCACUAUAUAUUCUGAAGUUUUUGAGAAAAAAAUUCUCUCCUCCAAGUUAUACCAAAUUAUCAUGAAGGACAUAUAUCAGUCUUAUUAUACCAAAAGUAUUACAAGCGAUAAAAUAUUAAUUUACAUAAAAUUACGGCAAAAAUAUUCAUGUUUGUAUAUCGGUUAUUUUUUCAAAUCAUUAAUUCGAUUAAUCGAUUUCAAAAUGCUGUUGAAAAUUUUACACAAAAAAGUAUAUGCACCAUUUUAUCCACUAACUAUUUUUGUAUAAAUUCUAAGCAAAAAAUAUUAAUAUAUAUCCCAAGAUAUGGAUUGCAGAACUUAAAGUUCUUCAAUGUUGUAAAUUAUAUUGGAUAUUUAUUACAUCAAUAUUUAUAGUCAAUCAGAGCUGUCUUAAUUAAAAUCGACUGAAGAAAACAAGUUCAAUGUAAUUUAAAUUAUUGCUUAAUACAAGGCUAUUUAUAUUCACUUCGAAUUAUAGUGCAAAUUAAUUUCUAAUUGCGAACAGAAAUCUCAUCACAAGAAAGCUUUUAAUACAGAUCUUGCAUUUUUAUGUCAUUAUUAAUAAUAAUUCUGUUGUUACAAUAAUCUAUUUAUUAAUUAAUAUAAAUUAAUCAAAUCUUUUCUUCCAUGCUAGUCUUCUAUCAUAUAAGAUUGCAUGGCAUUUAUGAUUUCUAUGAAUUUUACUAUAUUUUUGAUGUUAUUAUAUUUAUAUUUGCAAAAUUAGCAAAUAUUUUAUAAUAUUUUUAUAUUGAAUGUAUUUAUAAAAUAUUAUAUGUGGCAUGAUAGAAAGUAGAUAAUAUUUAGUUCAAUACUUGUAGAUUGAUUCUUUCCAAAAUAAAUGCCACUUCAAUUACAAUUUUGAAAUUAUAAUUAUAAAUUAUAAUUAUAAAAUAUAUGUUCGUAUUUCUUAUCUAUUUAAACUGGCAAUUGAAGAUAACAUAAGUCUGUAAUAUAACAGUCUGUGUUAAAUAUUAGAAAAAAAUUUUUAACUUUAUUUCAUUAACUUGCUAUGAACUAAUACAUAUUAUAUUUAUUAAGAUAAACUUUAUUUGUGCAAUGAAUUUGAUUGAGUCAAAAAAUAUUUCAAUAUUAUUUGCAUUAAAUAUCUCUUGUUUACUAUACCUACGUUGUUAAAUAAGAUAUAAAAUUGGCAAACAUUUUGUAUAUCAAUAUAUGUUAAAUAUGCAUGCAGGAGCUACAGUAAUUGUUAUUAAUCAUAAUGUUAAUAAAACACUAUAGAUGAUAUAGUUGUUCCUAGAUAAAUAUUGUUUGUUCCAUGAUACAUUUAUAAUUAAUUUGGCAUAAAUAAAAUAUUAUCUUCCUUCCAUUGA